UUUCAGAUUUCGUUUAUUAUUAUUAUUAUUCCCAGUUUACCCUUUCAAAAUUUCUCUCUUCUCUGUCCUUUCCUCGCGACUUUUUCACAUAAACAAGACUUACCGACCAGGAUACCGAUUUCUCCACCCACCAAAUUCCCAAAUUCCGCAGCUCCCUCCCAAUAGCCUUCUUUUCUUUUCUUCCUUCUCCGCCUUAUUAAUCUCAUUCCCCUGUAAAGCAGUGAGAAAAAGAGGGGAGAAGAAAACCCAUCAAAAGCUCCAAAAGUUCCCACCUUUUUCUCCAGCAGGCAUUUUGAAAACCCCCGCAAAACGACGAAACCAUCCGCCUCCCUGCUUGCUCAGAAAAACGCGUGAAAUGGCGAUCCACUAGUACGACUACAAACCCUCCAUCCAUCAUCAUUCAACAACAGCACUCCUCCCCACUCUGUUGCUGUUGUUUGAGAUUAGCGCUACUGCUAUCAUUCUGUUCCUUCUGACACUCUCUGCAGCAAGAAAACUAAACCGUAUUCGAAAAAAACAAGCUCUGGCUGUAUUCUUGUCUCUUUCUUCUCACACCUUCUAUCCAUUUCAGUAACCGAAUCACCACACACUACUACUACUACCCCUGUUGUAGGCUAGGCUUUUGUUGCCAGUCCGCCCUUUUGAUUUGGGGAAGCGAGUGGGCGGCGAUUUGCUGCUGCAGAGGGGGUUUGCUCUUUUCCCCACUCUUCCUUUUGUUGCUUGUUUUGUUUCGGUAGCGUGACAAUUCGUUGCUGCCUUUUGCUUCUUGGGUUGUGCAAAUUGUUCUCUGUUUCUUGGCUCAAAAUGGAUCUGCCGACGUUGGUGUGUGAUUUGAAGUUUGAAGUGGCUGCUACAAGUUAGGAUCUUUUUUUUGGUACGGCUGGGAGAUUGAUUGCUGAAGAAUCAGUACAGUGCCCUGCUUUCUUUUUUACUGUCUGCUCUCUUGGGUACUCUGUUUGGUUGCCCAGAAGAAAAAAAAGUUGGGGGAAAAGGUGGAAACAAGGAGAUUUUGAUUCAUUCGGUACUCUGUUUGUCAUUCCCUUUGUUCCAUCUCCCGUUCAGUAAAGAAGAAUUCUUUGGAGCUUUUCCCUAUUCUGGUCGAAAUGUCGCUAGCAAUGCGAGCUCACGCCCUCCAUUCCGCUCCGAAAAUGGGGAAAACCAGCCCGCCGAACCGAGACUGGACGCAGAUCUACGCAAUCUACGGAAUGGAUCAAUGGCACACUCUGCUCUUCCUCCUGUUCAACGCCUUCCUCUUCUCCUUACUGUCCGUCCUCUUCCUCCUCUACUUCGACCCCUUCUGCAGCUUCCUCGAAUGGGCCUUCCCUCUCCUCUUCGCAGCCGGCGGCGGCGCCGCCCGCUUCGCCGCCGGGUUCACCGGCUGCGUCGCCGCCCUCUCCUCCGUCUGCCUCUUCGUCGCCGCCGGCAACUUCUUCUACAGCUCGGUGGCAUUGCAGCACGAGAUGGCCCAGAGGAUCGUCGGCCACGUCAACGACUGGUCGUCGGUGAAGCUCGCCCUCGACAUCGGCUGCGGCCGCGGGAUUCUGCUCAACUCCGUCGCCACCCAGCUGAAAAAAACCGGCAGCUCCGGCCGGGUCGUCGGGUUGGACCGGUCCAAACGGACCACCCUCUCCACCCUCCGUACCGCCAACAUGGAAGGUGUGGGGGAAUACGUGACUUGCAGGGAAGGAGACGUGAGGAGCCUGCCGUUCGGGGACAACUACUUCGACGUGGUUGUAUCGGCGGUGUUCCUCCACACGGUGGGGAAGGAGUACGGUCACCGGACGGUGGAGGCGGCGGCGGAGAGGAUGCGGGUCCUUGGGGAGAUGGUUCGGGUCCUGAAACCCGGCGGGAUGGGCGUGGUGUGGGACCUGGUGCACGUGCCGGAGUACGUUCGGCGGCUGCAGGAGCUGAAGAUGGAGGACAUUCGGGUCUCGGAGCGGGUCACGGCGUUUAUGGUUAGCAGCCACAUCGUUUCGUUCAGGAAGCCGAGUCAGCAGCCGAUUCCGGGUAUGGGUGAGGUCCGACUCGACUGGAGAUUUUUCAAUCAAGUGAUUAAUUAAUGCUUUGAUUGUUAUUAUUUAAAAAAAAAUUGGCUUUAAAUUAUACAUAUUAAGCAGAUGGUAUUAGUCAACGGUAAUUAGUAAAAAGAAAACGGUAGGAGACUGAGUGAAUAUAAUAUAUACGUUAAGAAGGGAAGAGAGAGGGAACUAGAUCUGGGGAGACGAAGCCGAUCCAGAUGCUUGUGUUGAAGGAGAUUAGAUACAGCAAUACGUUAUCUAAUGUAAUUAUGAUCAUCAAUGAAAGAGUAUUGAUGAUUAAAAUGUCCUAAUCUUGAUUAUGUUUAAUGUGUGUAUUUUCUGGUGGUGGGUGUUAGUCAAUAGCUGCUUUGCCUACGUUGGUGGAAUCUAUUCUUAGGUUUUGGAGAGCGUAGUUGUGAGCUUUGAUGGCACACCUUAUGAGAUUUGAUUGAUUUGGAAUUUUGAUGUGAUAUUUAAGAGAGUAUAAAUAUGAUUGACUUUAAGAUUAG